AUGGGGGUACUGGAUUUGGUGUACCUGGUGCCCGAAUCCGUGGCGCUAUGGGAGAUGCUGCAGGCGCUAGAGACUGAGCUGCAGCGGGCGCAGGCUGAGGGCAUUCACCCAGCGGGGGGUGACGGCAUGCUCCACUCUGCCGGCCUGGAAUUCAAGCUCUCAGGCAUCGCGGUGAAGUUGCUGCUGGCCAACGACUUGGACGUGUCUUCGAGUUCACCGGAGAAUGUCAACAGCCGCGUGGCAGCGACCAUCGCGCGUGUGGCCGCCUGCAAGAUCCUGGAGUCGGCAGUCUUCAACUUGCUUUAUUGGGUCCAACCCGACUUUCGCAUCCUGGAAGAAUAA